CGUGCUCUACGCUACAACACGGUCUCAAAGACGAAGGAUCCGUCACUCCACAGUCCCCACGGAUGAGAACAAUUACUCGGCUGACAGAGCUAGAAAAUGGCGCUUAUCCCCUCUCAAAUAUUGAGAAUAGCUAUUCUUCUGUCGUAUUUCUCUGUUCUGUGCAAUUAUAAAGCUAUCGACAUGCCUGCUCAUCAAACCUAUGGUGGUAGCUGGAAGUUUUUAACGUUCAUAAAUCUGAAAUAUCUGGGCCCAACCAGGGUGUCAUGAUUGGUGGCAGCAUGUCUGUGACAACUGGACAGAAAGAGAUUGGCUGCUCAAUUUUAGAAUGAGAAGAAUCUUCUAUAAUCUCUGUGUCUUCGUCCAAGGCUGACUAGACAGGAUACGAGAUGGCACCAGGCAGUACCUGUGGAGCUGCGCGAGGUUAUGUGUUUGUGGAGGCUGGCCACCAAUCUCGAGCUCCAAUCUAUCCCUCACCUCUUUUGUGUGGGAUUGUCGAGAUUUUUCACCCAACAAGUUUUCGCUGCCAUCAACUGUGCCCUAAAGCCACAAUAUACACCUUCAGCUAGUCAGAGGAUAGCUAGUCAGGGGAUUCUGUGACAGAUGGGGGUUCCCACAGUGUGCUGGGGCUGUGGAUGACACUCAUAUUGACAUUCUGGCACCACAAUUGACUACUACAACGGCAAAGGCUUCUACUCCGUAAUCCUGCAAGGUGUUGCGAACCACAGUAUAAAGUUUUGGGAUGUCAACAUUGACUGGCCUGGGAGGGUUCAUGAUGCCCUCAAACUCCUCCCUUUAUGAACGAGGGCAGAAUGGACCACUCUUGCCAGGCUGGUGAGAAACCAUUCAUGAUGUGGAUGUACCCCUUGAGAUUCUAAUUAAAGCCUGACCGAAUUACGUUAAAUUUGGCAUUUUACAAAUUAUCGGUGUCUGCAUUUAUAACGGCCAAUAAAUAUUUUUUAAAAUCAGUAAACAAAAACCACAUAUUGAUCCAAUACUGCAUUUCCACACUUGCUUCACUUGGUUCCACUUCACUUCCUACAACGCACAAACGACAACAGUAGCUUGUAUGUACUCAUGGUAGAAUGAUUUACAUGUGAAAUGUAAUUUCCAUUUCUUCUUCAAGCCGAAAUAAACCUGAAAAAGUUUUAUCGGAUAUACUCAUUUUUUACUGCAGUAACAUUAAUCUUUUGAAAAUGCUGACAGUUAGCCAUAACGCUAACGUUCGGUAAUGCCAUGGUUUGCUGAUGGCUUAGGAUAGCCAUACUGUAGGUUAUGUGAAGAUAAUUACUUUCUCUUUGGAAAGCACAACAGUUAUAGAGUAAAUUAUUUUUUUCAAGGGUCAGAUGGCAGUGUCGUAUGGUUUUGUA